GAAACAUGCGCGAAAUGCCGUCAUUCAUUCGAUUUGAACGCCACUAUUCACUGGAAUUAGCCGACAAGCUAGACCCGUGUCAUUGGUGCAGCGGGCGCAAUCGGCACAAUGCCUCGCUUUACUAACGAGUGAAGAAGUAUCCAAUGCUAACAUGUCUACUCCAUGUAAAAAUGUCGUUAGAGUAUAAUUCCUACGACACGUGACACGUCUCUAGAUCGUUUCGUCGGUCCCAUGAGAGAAAACAAAUUAGUGGUGCUGGGAGCGGGUGGAGUAGGAAAAACCUCUUUGGUUGUCCAAUUUCUUGAAGGUUUCUUUUCCAAUACUUAUAAACCUACCGUCGAAGAUUACUACAGACACACCAUUCAAUUACCCGAUGGAAUAUUUCAUACAGUAGAAAUAGUGGACACUGCUGGUUCUCAUAACUUUCCAGCUAUGAGAGAAUUGAGUAUCAAAUCGGGAAGGGGUUUCGUCUUAGUUUAUUCUGUUGACAAUCUGCAAUCGUUCCACGAAGCAGUACACGUUUGGGAACUGAUCACGAAAUAUCGAGGAUCGAAAGUUCCCAUCAUUUUGGUUGGCAAUAAAUCCGAUUUAGUAGAAGAGCGUCAAGUGAGUCACGAAACGGCCAAACAGACUGUAUCGGAAAGAAUGAAUAACUGUAAAUAUAUAGAGACAAGUGCCAAGUAUAAUAUCAAUGUCAGCCAGCUGUUUAUCGAACUGUUGCAACAGGCUAAGAACUUGGAACAACCCGCUCUACCCGAACCUUCUGAGAGAAAAGUAUCGCGACGUUUAAGUAGAAGAUUAAGCUCUUUGGGUAAUUUGUCGAGUUUGGGAAUACGCCGAAAGAUAAGCGUUUCUAGAUUAAAUAGCACCGACGAGAGAGACGAAGGAAAGUGUUACAUACUGUAAUUAGAUAGAAGUAGAAUUUAAUAGAGAUUUCAUUUAGAUAUUAGUCGAUAAAGAAAAAAACCCUUAUGUAAGUUUGCAUUGCUGAAUAUUAACAAACGUCGCCAAACAAGCCUUUUUUUGAUGCCUCUAAAUUGUAUGAAGAGAUAAAUUAAAGGUCUAUUAUUUAUGGGCCUUGUAUUCUAAAUUUUAUACAUAAACUUCAGAAAAAAUAAAUAAAUAAAUAAUAAUGAAAAAAACUUUAAACUUUUUAACAUUUUUUGGAAAAGUAAAUAUCAAAAUGAUUGGAGAUUUUAUGGAUAAAAAAAAAAAUAUAUGUAGUAAAUAGUAAUGUAAUUUGUGCCUGAAAUAUGCUUAGAUAUAAUAAAUAUAUAGUCACAAUUGUAUAUUAAUAAUAAUAAUAAAAAUAAAUGCACUUAAAAGUGAUGGUAAACUGCUCAAGGAAUGUAAAAUUUAAGUUCAAAAUAUAUCUGUACCACAGUUAUUUUAUCACGGUUAUAACGAUAAACAUUAUAUAUAGAUAAUAUUUUUUCAUAAAAGUGAGAGUUUGUAUUUUGUUCUGUAACAAUUAAAUAUCGUAUACACCAUGGUUAAAUGAUUAAAAUUUGCUCAAAAAAAAUAAAUAAAUAAAUAACCAUAAUUUUCAAUACAAAAUACAAAUUUAUAGAUUAAUUACAUUAAAAUUUGCUGUGAUUAAAUAAAAUGAUAAUGAAAAUAAUUUAAAUAAAUUACGAAUAAUUUUAAAAAUGUAAUAAUAGACAUAUCUGGAUUUUAGCGUUACUAUAUAUAUAUAUAUAUACAUAUAUAAAAUGCCUUAAGCAACAAACAACGACUUAAAUAUCUAUAUUUUAUUAAUUGUUUAUUGAAUAAAAUAAAUAUUUAAAAAGUUAAACGUCGUGUGUGAAUGAUAAUUCUUUAUGUGGAACAUUUACAGUAUAUUCAGAUAUAAAAGAAAUUCUUUCU